AUGUCCGGACUCGAAGUCGCCGUGUCCGUCCUCUCCCUGAUCGAGGCCUCGAUCAGCCUCAUCGGCCAGCUGCACGACGCCUACAAGCGCCAGAAGGAGCACAGCAGCUUCCUCGCGGGGUACGCGGAGGAGCUCCGCCGCGCCAAGAGCAUCAUCCAGGUGGUCGCGGACGAGCCCGACCUCCAGACGGCCGAGAUCUCCGCGCAGCUGGUGCGGACGGAGGCGCUGGUGCAGAAGCUGGUCGAUCUGCUGCGGCGCCUGUCUUGCGAAGACAACAGCAAGAGCGCGGCGCGGCAGUUCUUCCACCAGCUCACGCAGGGCUCCAGGGACGAGAGGGCGCUGUCGGCGCUCGUCGACCAGAUCGACCGGGCCAAGGCCGACAUGACCGUCUUGAUCCAGGUGGCCGGGGUCGGUCUGGUGCGGACGACGGACAACACCCUCGCCGCGAACACCGAGGUCAUCCAGCGCGUGGACCGGCAUAUUCGGGAGGUGCUGGGGGAUGGCCGGGGGUUGAAGAUUGGGAGCUUGGUCCCUGGUGAUGAGGCGGAUGCUAGACGCGAGAUCCCCCUGAGCCGGGAAGAGGUGGCCGCGGUGAUGGGGCCACCGGGCCCCAGCAGCAGCAGCAGCAGCAGCAGCAGCAACAUGGAGCGGAUCAUCGAGAACAACCUCACGCAGCAGCAAGCCCUGCAGAUCAACGGCCCCGUGGGCGAAGACCGAUGGAAAUCGAUCAGCCGCCUGGUGGUCCGGCAGAACAGAGCGACGGGCACGAGUACGCAGGUCAACUAUCCGGUGUCCGCCUCGACCUUCUACGUCCUGCUGGUCAAUCACCUGAUCAAAUACGUCCUGGUCUGCGUUUUGCUGUAUAUUCCGCUGGCUUAUCUGUUUCAGAAGCAUGACUAG